UUUGCUAUUAAAAAUCAGAAUCAAUACUAUUCAUAAUUAUUUUUUCCCAUUUAAAAUAAAUAAGUUUCUCUAGUUUAUUUGUCUAAUACUUCGUAUCUAUAAGUAACAAUAAUAUAUUUCGCCAAUUUCUUUGUUCGAUAAGCUAUCCGUAUUUGCUAUUAUAAUAUUAAUAUUUGAAACAAAAUCAAUGGGAAAGUCCCCGUAGCUGGCUGUAUACUAUAGUUAAAAAACCAUACAGAAGUAAAACUUCUUUUGUAUAUUGGUAUAAAAAAUUUUUUUAUACCAAUAUACAAAAGAAGUUUUACUUCCGUAUGAUUAAUAUUUGAGUCCAAUCUCUUGCACUCAAAUCCAUCCAAUACCUCGUUAAAUGAUUGUAGAUAACAGAACCUACAUAUAAAUUCAUAGUUUUAAGAAAUAAACGGAACAUUGUAAUUUUCAUUUUCCAGUAUAAUAAAUUAAUCCACGUCAUUCUACGUAAUUUUAUUCUAAAAAGAAGAAUUAGUCCGGAGAAGAAUUAGCAGCAUAGUAUUCCAUAACAAAAAAGUGGUGUCAGAAGUGGGAUCUCAGUAACAGAGUUCCUCUGGUUGCUGAGAGAAAGAAAAGCUGAGGAAAUUUCGAAUUGGCUUAUUUCCUUCGAGGAACCAUUCGGAAGAAACUGUCAGUGUGGAAAAUUCGCCACUACAACAACUGUUUACAUUAGGGUCCAGUACAAAUCCAGUUCCAAAUCCAGUGCCAGCCCAAGUUACUACUACCCUAUUAUAGUAACAAUCUGAAGUAGAGGUGAACCAGGAAUAAGAGACUAUGCGACUAACCAUAAAAUUAAUAUUCUGCAUGCAUGCAAUAAUAUGGUUGACAAAUGCUGAGCAAAUCUACAAGCAAUACACCAACACUCCUAUCAACAAAUCACCUGGAAUUUAUUACGAACGCAUAAAAAAUGUUCAAUUUAUUGAAACUCAUUGGAACAUAUUAAGUCAUAUUCCUUUACAACCUUUUACAGACAAAUUAAAUUUUGUAGAUCUCACCUAUCAAAAAACAUUAAGACUGUGUCAAAACAAACCAGUUCUUACUGAAUUACGAUUAUGUGAUACCUCACUAAAACUUUUGGGACAAAUCAUACCUAGACUCUUCCAAGAUAAACAAACUUUAAAAAAUCUAAUUCUGCAUGAACAUUCUAGACCAAAACGAGCUCUAUUUAAUGCAAUUGGAUCUGUUUUUAGGACUUUAUUCGGUACCUUAGACAGUGAUGAUGCGGAAAAUUUCAAUAAUGCUAUUAACAAAGCUGAAAGUAACGAAAAUCAUCUUCUUGAUUUACUAAAACAACAAAUUCAUGUAGUAAAAGCCACGAUUGCAAAUUUUAAUAACUCUAUUACGAAUCUAGACCGAAACAAAGUAAUUUUUGAUAAAAAUUUCGAAUCAAUAACGAAUUACACAGAUAAAAUUAAUAAUAAAUAUUUUAAUUUAGACUUAAAACAAAAAAUAGAACAGCAUUUUACCUUACUAAAUUUAUUUAUAACAGAAUUACAACAAUAAUAUUCUACUUAAAUAAACAUUGUUCUAUUUGCAAGAAAUAAUAACCUUCAUCCUUCUGUUAUAACACCUGACCAACUAAUUCAAGAAUUAUCUAAAACAGUAACGCAUUUGCCUAGUACAUCGACUUAUCCAUUUCCAUUGACUAUCGAUUAUGCUCAUAAAUAUUUCGAAAUUAUUUUACUUAAACAUAGAUAUUUUGAUAACAAAAUUUUAAUUUCGGUUAGUAUACCUUUGGUUAGUAAUACUCAUUAUUCUCUCUUUAACCUAAUAUCUCUUCCUAUAAUUCAUCCAACAUUAAAGAAACUUACCUUUAUUCUCCCAUCUGUCAAAUAUCUUGUUCUUUCAGAAAAUAGAAACAGUUAUGUUACUAUUGAUAUAUUAGAAGACUGUUAUUCGUUAGAUGAGGAAAAACUUUUUGCAAAAAUCCUGAUACUUUCCGAUUUACACACGUUAACCCAAUUUGUGAAACCGAAUUGUUAACUUCAAUAACAAACAUACCGUCUAGUUGCGAUACUCGCAUAAUUCAAACGGAAUACGAAAUUUGGCAUAAAUUAAGUAAACCAAAUUCUUGGAUAUACAUUUUACCUAAACCAACAGAUUUGACUUUAAGCUGUCAGACUAGUACGCCAAUAUCUAUUGUUCUUUCAAACACAGGUAUUUUUUCUACCUCGAAUAAUUGCAAAAGGCAAAACCUACACUGGAUCAACUAUCUUGAUAUCGGUCUCAAAUCCAAAAGAAAGUAAUUUUCAGUCUAUCAUUCCAGAUUUAUCCCUUCCAGAAGUCUGUUGUAAUGAUAUUAAGAUAAAUAAUGAAUCCAAAUUACACCUUGUUCUCUUACAAUUAAAUAAUCUCGACCGAGAUGCAUUAAAUUUAGCAAGCCAUAAACUAGAUAAUUUAGAGAAAAUGACAUCGGAAACAAAUAUUAAUUUUUCAGACACAAUAAAAAAUAGUUCUUAUUUCACUUAUGUAAUCUUAAUUUUGAUAAAAUGUCUGUUACUUUAUAUCUUAUACAGGAUAAUUAAACAUUUCUACCGACGACUUGUCGAAAUUCGUCACGUAGUUGUCAACAAGUCACAAAUUGUUUAACACUAAAUAUAUUGUCAAAGUAAACGAAAACAUGUAAAUGAGGCAGAUUUAAGUAUAGAGUGUAAACAUCAUAAAGACAAUUACAGUGAAUCCAAAAAGUGCGAAGAGACUAGUUUCACAGAAACUACACCGAUAAGACGAAGUGAAAGAUUAUCAAAACUAAAAGAAAAUAUUUUAAUGUGUCAAAACAAAAUAAUAAUGUACACAAAUGUUUUUACCAUUUGAAUGAAAAUUCAUUUAACAAUUAUUUUCAUUCUUACAAAAGGAGGUGUAAUGUACCUACCUACUCAUAUGUACGAUAUUAAUAUACCUAUGUAUUUUUAUAUAGUUUUUUAGUCACCCGGUAUAUGUUAUUUACAAUUAUGAAAAGUUUCUCAUGUUUAAAUCACUAAUAUUUGCUAUUAAAAAUCAGAAUCAAUACUAUUCAUAAUUAUUUUUUCCCAUUUAAAAUAAAUAAGUUUCUCUAGUUUAUUUGUCUAAUACUUCGUAUCUAUAAGUAACAAUAAUAUAUUUCGCCAAUUUCUUUGUUCGAUAAGCUAUCCGUGUUUGCUAUUAUAAUAUUAAUAUUUGAGUCCAAUCUCUUGCACUCAAAUCCAUCCAAUACCUAGUUAAAUGAUUGUAGAUAACAGAACCUAUAAAUUCAUAGUUUUAAGAAAUAAACGGAACAUUGUAAUUUUCAUUUUCCAUUAUAAUAAAUUAAUCCACGUCA